AUGGCUGAGGAAGCGGUGAUUUUUCCGUCUCAGCCUCUUUUUAUGGUGGACAGAGGAUGGCAACGGCGCAAAAAGAAGGUGAAGAAUGACGCACUCUUUCGGGAACUCGAUCUUCAACCCUCGCGGGUUCCUGAAGUUACCAUCAAGGUCGCCAAAGGGCCGAUCGAAGCCAGAUCAGCGUCGCCGCCUAAAGUCAAGGACAAUGAGACACACGCAAAGGGCAAUCCAAAAGUUCCCGGGCAAAUACAGUUUAUGGCAUACAAGCCCUCGGCGACGAAACGAAAGCAGAAUGUCAAAUCGAAGACGUGCGACCAUGACAAAGGGGCAGGGAAAGAAGGAGCAAACACAGAGGUCAAAUUUCCAGUCUGUUCUUCGAACUCAGAGGAGGUGUGCAAGGAUGCAAUCUUUCCCAAACGGACACCUCCUGGAACCGCCACCGCCCUUUACACGGUUAUCGACCCUGAAGUGAGCUCUUUCCAAAAGUUCGUGAGCUAUUAUCCUACGCGCCUUGCUACGGCGAUGUACCCGAUCAGCAGAAGGGUGCCACUCACCUAUAAUCCCAUUGAAACUAUAUGGCUGCCUGCAAUUGUGACAGACGAGGUCUCUCUUCACACCAUUCUGUUCUCUUGCGCUAUGCAUUUCUUCAUGGGGUCCGGGCAUCAAACAUUCAAGGAUUCGCACCUGCUCAUGAAAGUAAUUCUCAACCGACUCAAUCGCAGAUUGCAUGAUGGGAAAUAUUCGGAUCUUACCAUUGGUGCUGUUUCAUGCCUGGCUCUAUGUGAGAACCACCUUGGCAAUCAUCAAAAGUGGGAAAUGCACGCUGCUGGUAUGUCUGAAAUGAUACGUGCAAGAGGAGGGUUCAAAGCCGUAAGGGAUGUGUUGCACAUGAAGAUCUAUCGAGCCGAUACGAUUGGUGCUGUCGAUACUCUUUCACAUCCUCACUUCCCUCGUCCGGCCAGAACGACCAAGUCUCUCUAUCGUGCCAUGCUCCUUCACUCGGCCAUGGCGCCUAUAAACCCUCCGAUCCUCGAUGUCAGUUUAACGCCAGUCGUGACGAAUGCGCUUAGCGAACUCUCCUACCUGUGCCACGCCCUCAACCAUGCGGCUGAUACCCUAACACCCGUCGACCCUCUUGCCUUCGACGAGGAUGUGACUUGCAUUCAGCACGACUUGCUACGGUCACAGAACUCAAAGCAGGCGGAUGUCGAAAGAGUCUGCGUAAUAGCAACACUGAUCUUCAUACAAACACUCACCCGAGAAGUCCCAUUCACCAGGCUUUGCUCCGGCCACAUCUCUCGGGAACUGAAAGCAGCCGUACUAGCUGUUGACCCCGAUAUGUUACCCGAUAGUUUGACUCUCUGGGUUCUUUUCAUGGGAGGACUAGUAUCGACCGACACGGACGAGUAUUUCUGGUUUCGGUCACGGUUGAUGCAUUUCCGAAGUCUCCACCAUGAUCUCCUCACUUGGGAAAAUGUUAAAGGUCAUCUUCAGAAAGUAUUCUGGAUGGACAGACUUCAAGAGGACUACGGACUGAGACUUUGGCAAGUCCUCGAUGUACCUCUAUGUCCAUCAAGCGGCCCGAUUGCAGCUUGGACAGAUAAUGGGUCAAACUCAUCUCCGUCAAGAAACAAGUUGAUGUGCAUUGCGUAA